AUGGCCAAAGUCUUAGCAAACAUGUUGAAACUAAUACUGCCAACUAUCAUAUCCUCUACUCAAAGUGCAUAUGUUCCAGGAAGACUUAUUGCAGAUAAUGUCAUUCUUGCCUUUGAAGCAUUACACUCAAUGCAAAGCAAAAUGAAAGGUUCAAAAGGCUACAUGUCUCUAAAGUUGGAUAUGAGUAAAGCAUACGAUAGAUUGGAAUGGAGUUUCAUAGAAUUGGUUAUGGAAAGAAUGAGUUUCAAUAGGAAAUGGAUUGACAUUAUUCUCAACUGUGUAAAAACAAUUUCAUAUUCCUUAUUGAUCAAUGGCAUUCCUCAACCAGGUUUCACUCCUUCUAGAGGUAUUAGACAGGGUGAUCCAGAAUCACCCUAUCUAUUUAUAAUAUGCUCAAAGGCCCUUACUCAGAUACUCAACAAAGCUGAGGAAGCAAAACUAAUAACUGGCCUUCCAAUGGCAAGGGGAAAACUUCAUACCAGUCAUCUUUAA